CUCCUUCAAAAAGUUACAAAAGCUGCAAUGGACGGGAUAACGUUUGGACGCAUGUCGCUCCUGUGCACCCUGCUGCUCUGGGCACUGCAAGUAUGCAGCGGGGGAGUGACCAUGAAGGUGGCUCCUAAAGUGGAGGUGUUAAAAGAUGAGACUGCCAAACUGCCCUGCAGUUACACUGUCUCACCAUCAUCAAGCAACACUAUUGUUGAGUGGUACAUUGAGGAGCAGGAAACCAGGAAGCGUGUGGCUUUCCGCUCUGAGGGUGGCGAGGGAAAAAGUGACGAGAGUACUCCUCUGUCUGGCCGGGUUACCAUCGGAGAGGACUUCACCUUGACUAUUACCUCUGUUCAACCUUCUGAUGAGCUCGUCUUCUACUGCCAGGUCACUGCUGGGCCCGCUGGGGUUGGAGAUGCUCCCACUAUGCUCAAAGUCUUCCUUGCUCCGGAGAAGCCAGAACUCACAAAGCCGUCAAGCCAGGCCAUUUCUGUGGGAGAGACCACCAGCUCUGAGAUCGGCACCUGUGUGACGAUGAAUGGACAUCCCCAGCCUAGAAUCAUCUGGUUCAAAGAUGACCAGCCCCUUCCUGAGGUCAAGGACAGGCACGAGAAGACCUACAUGAUUCCCUCAGUGGUGAAGGAGGCCUCGGGUCUUUUCACUAUCAAGAGCACCCUGUACAUGCAGCCCACAAAGGCGGACAAGGACUCUCUGUUUCAGUGCACCGUUGAGUACAGCAUGCCAGGAGACCAGAUCAAACAGAAGAAGUCCAACAGCAUCAACAUCAACCUCAACUAUCCUUCAGAGACCGCCACAUUCCACCUACUCAACAAUAAUGCAGUCAAAGAAGGCGAUACUGUCACUAUGAAGUGUGAGACUGAUGGAAACCCUCAACCUGAUUUUGACUUCACUAAAAAUGGAGAAGUCAUCGUUGGUCAGAAUGGUGUCGUGAUGCUGAAAUCUGUCAAGCGCACAGACGCUGGUCUGUACACAUGCAGUGCCAUAGAUUUCGAUAACAUGGAGGCUGAACUGAAGGGAGACAUCACCCUCACUGUCAACUACAUGGAUCCAUUGAGCGUGACUCCAGUCGAACCUCAAGUUGUCAUGCUUGGAGACAAGGUUGAGUGGCAGUGUAAGACCAAGGCGUCUGCUCCGCAUACAGUUCAAUGGAAAAAGGGCUCCGAGGUACUCUCUCAGGAUGGCGUUCUGUCGAUAGGGAACGUUUCCUAUGAUAACGCUGGGGAGUACAUGUGUAUUGGAGACGUGCCAUCUGUGCCAGGACUGACAGCCGAGGCUAGUGUCAACCUCACCGUCAAAGGAAAGCCGAUGAUCGAGGCUCCGGUUGUUGGAAUGGUGGGGAAGGAAGGAGACAUGGUGACAUUAAAGUGCUCAGCCUACGGCUUUCCUGCCCCUCAGUUUACCUGGAAGCCCUCAGGAAAAGAGUCGGUAUCAGUGGAAGGUAUCAAGGUAGUGAGCACCGUGACUCUACAAGCCACGGCCGAGGUCAUGAAGAACGGAGUGACCUGCGAGGUCUCCAACGAGCAUGGAAAAGAUAGCAAGGCCUUCCAAGUAGCUCUCAUAAAAGCAAUUGACAACGCCAACAGAGCUGACCAGCAGCAGGGAGGCUCCAGCGGGGUGGUGAUAGCUGUGGUGGUGUGCGUUCUUCUGCUCCUGCUGCUGGUGGCCCUCAUCUACUUCCUGAACAAGAAGAGCAAGCUGCCCUGUAGCAAGAAGGACAAGAAGGAAGUGGCCACUGGAGAAGUGAACAAUGACAUUGUGGUGGAGAUGAAGGCAGACAAGGCCAAUGAAGAGGCCGGUCUCCUCAACAAGAGACCGUCCACAGAACAGUGAUGAAACGAGACAAUGAACAUUAACAACUGAGGGAUGAAGGGAAGGAGGACAACCAUGAUGAAGACAACAGGGCUAAUUUUUAUUGAGAUGGAG